AUGAUUGAAACGGGUUAUGCCGGAAGAAAUAGUGAUGGAGGUAUAUUCAGGGCCCCAGCAAUAAAAUAUUGGAUACAUCGUGGUGAACUUGAUAUUCCUACCCCCUCACCAUUGACUUAUGAUGAAAACUACAGCUCAUUUCCAUAUUACUUUGUUGCCGAUGAAGCAUUUCCGUUGUCAAGAUAUAUAAUGAGACCUUACCCUCAAAGAGUUUUGGAUAAUGUAAAAAGAAUAUAUAACUACAGAAUUAGCAGAGCAAGGAAAACCAUUGAAUGUACUAUUGGGAUGAUCUGUGAAAAGUUUGCUGUUUUAAAUGGUCCAAUUCGCAUUAGAGAGUCCGAAAAUGUGAACUUCGUCAUCAAAGCCACAUGCGUUCUCCAUAACUAUGUACGAAAACUAGAGGGACUUCCAUACGUAUCUACCUAUUCCCAGGACUGUGAACCCAAUGACCACAUCGAUGUAAGAACUACUGCACAAAAUAUGACAAUAAACGAAACCUCUUCUCCAGCCGUACUUAGAAAUUAUUUAGCAAAUUAUUUUCUUACCCCACGAGGAUCUGUGCCUUGGCGAUGGAAAUUUGCUAUUAACUAA